GCCCGCAGCCGCGCACCGCCCGCGGCGGCACCGGCGCUACCGGCAGCGGCUCUGCCGGGCCGGGCCGGGCCGAGCUGGGCUGGGAAGGAUGCGCCAUUCCGUGAGGCGGCGGCGGACGCUGGUGGGGCCGAGAGGGCGCCCGGUGCUCGCCCCAGCCCCGCCGCCAGCCCGGCCGAAGCCGUGAGACGCGGUGAGGGUGGCCGGUGGCGGGGCGGGGAUGCCAGGUCGGGCCGGAAAGUUUCUUCCCCGCGGCGGCUCGGCCGCUUCCAACGCGGAUUUCUGCCCGGUUCUCCUCGGAGCUGGAGUGGCCGUCGGGAGCAGCCCUCUGGGUAGCCAGCCAUGAUCGCCACUGGAGGCCUCCUGAGGAUCUCAGCUAGGAAACAAGACCCCUUGCGACCCCAAAGCCAAGUCCCCAAACGCAAACGCAAGGCCAAGAAGAAGCGCAAGAAUGAUGUGGUGGUGGUGAAAGGCAAGCUUAAGCUGUGCUCCGUCUCCGGACUCAUUGCCCUCUGUGGCAUCCUGGUACUGCUGGUGGGCAUUGCCUUGGCUGUGGUGGGCUACUGGCCCAAGCCCAGCCAGGUGUACAGAGAAGGCAGCUUCAGCAGAGGCCGGCACCUGGCACCACCGGGUGGCACCCCCAAGAACCGCUCCUGGAGCCAGGAGGGGGCAGAAGCAAGAAUUCAUCCGGAGUCACCUCCCAGAGCCAACAGCUCUACCACUGCUACUGCGUGGGGAUCCCCACAGUCCCCCUCUUCUUCCUCGUCUCCCCAGGCCUCAGUGGGUUUCCUUUUCCGUCUUUUCUCGAGCUACCUGCACUCAGACAAGCUGAAGGUGCUGGGGCCCCUCAUCAUGGGCAUCGGCAUCUUCCUUUUCAUCUGUGCCAAUGCAGUGCUGCACGAGAACCGUGACAAGAAGACCAAGAUCAUCAACCUGCGUGACCUCUACUCCACCGUCAUCGACGCCCACAGCCUGCGGGCCAAGGACAGAGGUGCUCCAGCCUCAGCCCCUCUCAAUGGCUUUGUCAACUACAUCCAGUCCCGGGGCCUGGAGCUAAAACCUGGUGGGGAAGGCCUGGGUGCUGCAGCCAUGUUGGCCAAGAGCUCCUGGCCACCGGGACUGGGUGUCUCCCUUUCUCCACCAGACCUGGCAUCCCCACCACGACGUUCCUCCUUCUGCAUCCCACCUCAGCCACCCAGCCUGGCCGAGGCUGUGUACAGCAUCUACCAGGAGCGUGCUGCCUGUGCUGUCACCAGCCCACCUUGUAGCCCACCAGAGAACUGGGACCAGCGCAGCACAACCAGCUCCAUUGUUGGCUCUUCGCUGAGCUCCUUUGCCCUCCUGCCCUUGACACCGAGCAGUGGAGGAGGCUGGUGGAGGCCUCCUGGGGAGCGAGUAGCCCAGGAGAUCCCACGGGGCAAGUUUGAACUGAGCUUGACCAACCUCAGCAGCGGGCAUGUGGAGGGAGGCUGUGGGUUAAGAAGGCACAGGCUAAUUCUCAGGCGGCAGAGCACCAGCUGCUUGCCCGAUGCCAAGCGUCCCCUUUUCCCUGAGCCACAUCGGUCCCCAGCUGUUGACAGGGGCCUGGACUCUGGCUUCUUGGUAAAGGAAUCUUCUAGCUACUCCAAAUCCCUGGAUCUGGAGGGGUCACCUCCCUCAACCCCUCCUGCCAUCACCAGGACGGACUCCCAGAGCUCUCAGUCUGAGCCUUCCAGCAGCAAUAAGGGCUACAGCCACCUGGAGGAGGCAGGCACCUCCUUGGAGUCAGUUGCCAACACCCCAGCCAGUAAAACCCAAGACUGUGAGGAGGAACAAGUUGAGAAGACAGACUCCCUCAAGGCUACCAAGAGAGAACAAAGAGGGGAGCAACCCCAGCAAAGACAGUACACAAACAAAGAGAAACUCUUUAUGAUUUCUAGGUCACAUGCUGCGUUAGGGCUGGAGGACGGGGAGCUGGAGAGUACUGGCAUCUAAACGAAAGGCACAGGGACACCUUGCAGCCCUCCACACCUCCCACACACCUUCUCCCAUCUCCUGGUGAACCUGGGAAGCCAAUCGAUGUCCAAAGAGCUGCAGUAUGUAACCCCUGAGAAGUGAAUUCCAUCAGCCCUGCAGAUGACUUCAGGAAGACAAAAAGAAAACCCUUUCCUGUCCAAGCGUGACAGUUACGUCCCAUGCAAGCCAAAAUCCUAUUAGCUACCCACAACAAUCCAGCAAGUUCUUGGGAUCAGAUUAAUAUGAUUUUGGACACUCUUUAACUGUGCACUUUACUGCUUUGAUUUUCCAAGUGCCCCUUUCUUCUCCUCUGAUUUCUUUCUUGCCGAUUUGCCACCGAUUGCUUGAAGUACAAACCAAACCAACCCACCAGGCACCUUUGGAAGCUUGAGGAGCAAAGUGGUCUUGAGGUCAAGAAAGCCGAGCUCGCUCUUUGUUUUGGUUCAAUCACUACAACGUUUGCAAGGCCUUAAGGAUGACAUACCUUGACAAAGAAUGAGUUUGCCUAAAUUCUGGGGAGGGGAAAACCAAACUCAAAACAAAACAAAAACGCCCAUUGAGAAGAGACUGGAGCAGAAGAGAGCUCUGACUACUUAGUUACAACCACCACGCUCCCGAACCCCAACUCCCUACUACAACGUGGUACUUUAUUAAGUAUUGUUACAGGUGUAUCCACUGAUGAUAACAUUAAAAAGUUAUUUUAGUUUA